CAUGUCUUUAUCCGGUCAAUGGCGUGAUACAAUUUGAUGAGAAGAAGAGCAAGUGGUUUAUGAAUUCUGUACAAGUCAUUGCUUCAAUUUAGACUGCAGCUGUUGUAUAUGCCGAUGAUCUGAUCCUCAAAGUUUUAUAUACUGCAAUACUUGGUGGACUACACCCAAUACUGUGGAUAUUCUUCGACGAAUCGAAUGAACGAUCGCGUUUUGUUAUAUGAAAUUCAAAUAGCAGAAACUGUAUUGUUCAAUAUUUGCCUUUGUCUGCACGAGACGUAAAGUUGUUUUUUUCUCGUGAGAAAAUAAUAUCCGUGGUGUAAAGAAGUUGUAAGAGUUGGUGGCAUGUGUUAGAAUUUUGUCCAACAAGAGAAAAUAUGCCAAUCUCAGCACCACAAUGGACGGAGUUUCUAACUUGUCCCGUUUGUUCACGUGACUUCACCGACACACAACGUCAGCCAAUCAGCUUGGGCUGUGGCCAUACCGUGUGUAAAUCAUGUCUCUCAAGUUUACAUCGAACUGUUUGUCCAUUUGAUCAGUCAGCAAUCAACUUGGAAAUCAAUCUGUUGCCAAUUAAUUAUGCUUUGUUGCAACUUCUUGGCUUUACUAUACCACCACCAAUUUGUCCCGAAGUUCCUAGAAUCAAAGAACAUAAGGAACAUUAUCUUUCUUCCAAGAAAUAUGUUGAAGAACUUGCAUUGUUUUUAAGUCCAUUAGUUUCAAAGAAUGGUUCUUUGUCUGAAGCAUCAAGCAGUGUCCUGACGAAUGGUGCAUUAUCUCGACCAAUGCAUCGUAAACUUGUGACUUUGGUCAAUUGUCAACUGGCCGAGGAGGAAGGAUGUGCAAGAAUGAUGAGAGCUAUAAGAAGCUUGGGUGAGAGGACAGUAUUAGAGUUCAUACUUCUCCACCAAAAUUCAGCACAGUUAUCUCAGAAUCUUUGGACUGCUGUAAGAAAUAGAGGCUGCCAGUUUCUUGGUCCAGCAAUGCAGGAAGAUGCAUUGAAAUACAUCUUAUUGGCGUUGGAAUGUGGUGAAGCUUUGUCGAGGAAAGUCAUUGUACUGUUUGCUGUUCAACGGCUAGAGCAAAUGUUUCCACAUGCAUCAAAAACAAGUAUUGGUCACGUUGUACAGUUAUUGUACAGAGCUUCUUGUUUUAAGGUCACAAAACGAGAUGAUGAGUCAUCAUUAAUGCAGUUAAAAGAACAGUUUCGAACAUAUGAUGCUCUAAGACGUGAACAUGAUUCACAGAUUGUUCAAAUAGCUCUUGAGGCUGGCCUACGUAUCUCCCCCGAGCAAUGGUCAGCCUUGUUGUACGGUGAUCAAGCACACAAAUCUCACAUGCAGUCAAUUAUAGACAAGCUUCAGACACCGGAAUCUUUUGCGUCAAGUAUUCACGAGUUGACUUUUGCCUUGCAAAGAUCUAGUGAUCCAGCGCACCUUGGUCGGCUUCGGGAACAUUUUGAAUUAUUAUCACAAAUUGAUGGAUCGCCAGAUGCGUCAGUGCCCUCUUGGAAAGAGCUUGAAGAUGCAUUAAAGGCAGUGGCAGCAGUAGUACAUGGCCUUGUUGAAUUUACAAAGGCUUAUGGCAGCAGGGCGAAGCCAGCCAUGGAGCAACCGGUACACAGCAAGUUUAAAACUAGCAUGUGUCGCGAUUUUGCCCAGAGGGGCUCUUGUCCAAGAGGUCUGAACUGCACAUUUGCUCAUUCUGAGGAUGAACUUGACAAAUAUCGUCGUAAAGCAAAGGCAGCCAGGCCCAAUACAAUGGUUAACGCACGUGGUGGAAUACCUGAUCAAAUGACAUAUUCAUCAACAAAUCUUGAUGAGUUGCCUGAAAAUAGUCAAAUAGCUCGUAAUAAUUCGAUAAGAACAUCUCCGUUGUGUAUGCAAAAUAAUGGUCAAGAAUACCCUGUAGCAACAUCUAGUUUUGGUCAGCUAGUACAUCGCGGGCACAGCAAUCCCAGCACUCAUGACGUAAUGGUGCAGCAGUUGCGCAAUCUUAGCAUGCAUUGUCAACCUCCAUCUAUGUAUAGUGGUCAAGAAAAUGGUUAUCGUAAUCCUCCUAUGGUUACAGACUGUCUCACACAGCCACACAACUCUGAACAGAGUUUCAGCUAUCCCUGGAUGAACAGACCCAAUGGUCACGUGAAUGGUCACAUAAACGGCCACGUGAAUGGUCACGUGAAUGGUGUUGUUAAUGGUCAUAUGGAAAGUGUUGUUCGAGCAGGUCCAACUCGUACGUCGCCACUGACUGUUGAAAAGGAUAUGAUAUUAAACAGUGUUAAUGGUAUAAGUAGAUUAAAUGGUGUUAAUGGGAUAAUGAAUGGUCAUUCAGACUACGUAGCAGCUGCAACAGCACAGCGUCGUAAAAGUGAAUUGAUGAACUAUGCUAUGAAUCAGCGAUUUCGUUGUGCACAGUAUGUUCAACAACCGAAUGCUUACCCUCUCCAUUCAAGUCAGUUUUAUCCAAAUGAUGUUGGUCGUUAUGGAGCUGUUGGUACACGUAUGAUUUCAGAUAUUGAACGAUAUGGUUAUCCUCCGUAUCAGGCGAACUCCAUAUCUCCCAGAGGUGGAACGUUGAUUGACGGUAGAAUUGAUUUCGUACAUAAUCCAUCGUUUCAUCCACAUAUUGCUGAUGAAAGAUUAUAUAGAGCGCGAUCACCUUACGUUCCAGACGAUGAUGAGAUUGAGGAUACGGACUCGGCGAAGAAGACCGACAGCAAUCAAAGUAGUAGUUUAUUUGAUGGUUCACUUCCAUCUGACAAGGAAAGUAACUCGCGCCAGAACUUAAAUAGUGUGAGCAGCGCCGCUAGUAGUGGUGAUUCUUAUGGCAGUCAUUCUCCAAGAUCACAUUCACCUCUUGGUUCACCUAGACAACAUUCCCCUGACGCGUGGCCAAGUUCAAGUGACAGUUCUUCAGUUUGGUUCAAUGGCGAUUUCGCGUCUUUUACUUCAAGUGCUUGGGCUCCGAAAAAAACUGACGAGUUGUCUGGAUGGUCUGACAGCGUGAACGAGCGAUCUAACGAAGUUGACAAAGAGUCAUGGCCAAAAAUAAAGAAGCAAUCCACUCAUCAGGCUUUGCGUGAUACCUCUUCAUCGUGCAGUGGUUAUUGGUCAGAUCCAGAAGUCACCACUAGGUACAAACAAAUAAAAAAUGACGAAAUGAUUGCACGUACUUUACAAAAUGAUAAAGACGCUCUCGAGGCAGUUGUAUCAUCUGCAACGCCUUUGGUCCCCGACUUGUUGGACGAUCAAAAAAGUGAUGCCGCCAUUGCUUUGGAGUUGCAGAAUAUUGAGAACGAUGAACAUGCUGCAAAGAUUGAGAAGGAAAGAAUGAUUUUUGAGCAAAGAAAGGAGAAGGAUUUGCUGAAAAUGAGACAGAUCGAAGAAGACCAUCAGUUAGCUUUACGCUUUCAAAAUGAAGAUAACGGUUUAAGAUAUGUUGAUGACGAAGAGUCUAUAAAACUACAUAAACGUCUAUACAAAGAACACCUUAAACGUCAGGAGGAAUUGAAAGGGAAAGAGUUAUAUGGUAGACGUUUUCCUGACGGUUUAACUGUUCGUAAACAUGGCAUACCCAUGUUCCCGGAUGCAGAGGUACUUGAAUCAAUAAAAUAUCCCGUCAAGGUCGUGUCACGUGGUCCUAACCCGUCUCCUCCGGUUUGUGUUGACGUGUUAGAAACAUGUUUUCCAUAAAUUUAGUUUUUAGAGAAAGUUUAUUUUCACGAGGCAAAAGUCAUCAUUUCGCUUAAAGAAUUUGUUUUGCUGAAAGCUUUAAAGUUUUCUCGUUAUGGCAAGAGCCUUUUCUAGUAUUUUAUUAAAUUGAAAGACUGUAGAAACAAAUUAAAAAGAAUAUAUCAGAAGAAAAUUGUAAGAUUCAUUUGACCUCGUGUAAAUCAACGUUUGUAUCAUAUAUAAAGCAUUGAACAUGGAUGUUUUAUCAAUUAUUUCGUAACACUCUAGCGACAGUAAUAAUUAAUGUGAGUUUCACUCAAAGAGGAAGCAUUAUUAGAAGUCUUGUUGUAUGUUAUAUGUUAGAAGGGUGGGCAAAGAAUACCUGGUAGACGCAGGUGUAAAUUUUGAAAAUAUGUCUCGAAAAAUAUUGAUUUUUAUAGUUGAGGAUUUCAGAAAGAAUAUUUGUAUAUUGAUUGUUAGUUGUCGAAAUUUGUGGAAAUCAAGCCUGUGGCUGUGUGCUGGCCACGAUUGUUGUUGUUAAAACAGUGAGCAUUUGCGUUCAUGUCUAGUUAGACAUAAACCAGGUUUGACGAACAUGUUAUCUUUUGGGCUAAAUUGUAUAAAAUGGGAAAUGUGUAGAUAUAAUAUUUCUUAGUUUGUAUUUAGUUGUUAAACAAAGCAAAAAUUAAUAUGGUUUAGAUGAAAUUCAUGGAAAUAUAAACGAAUAAAACACUCUUUGCAAACUGCUUGAUUUCUAAAAUUGCCAACCAUACCAGAUAGUAUGUUUCCUAUAAACUUUGAAAAUCUUAGAAUUCUUGCACUUUGCAAAGUUUUGAAUUCAGAUAUCUAUGAUAACUCAAUAGUUUGUAGUGAACAUGGUGUAUUUUAUUUAAGAACAGGGGCUUGAACUGUGUGACAAAAUAAAUAGAAUUGCUUUUUUAUUUAAUUAUUUUUAUCUGCCUUUAAUUAACUACCACAUACAGAUUCUGUACUGUAGUUUUCAUUUGUAUCUAUGGUUGAAUGUAAAUGUAUAUUGAUUAAAAUUUUGAAUGAA